AUGACCUGGGGGACAUCGGGGCUCUGCACCAUCAUCCACUACCUUGUCCGGGGACAACUGGGCUGGUUGGGGCUGACCAUCGCCUGUGUGGUGCCCGGCUACGCCGCUCAGCUCCUCAGCAUCCUCUGGUACAGGGCAGAUGGCCACCACCCAGCUUGGCUCCUGGUGCUCCACCUCCUGCAGCUGGGCCUCUGGAAGCGGUACUGGGAUGUUUUGUGGAUGGCAGUGAAGAUGGACGGCGGUGCCUGUGCCGGGGAGGUGGUGACACAGCACGGGGACGUGUGUGUGCUGCGGCUCCUGGAAGCCCUCCUGCAGACCUUGCCUCACCUCCUGCUGCAAGCCUACGUCGUGGUGGCAGUCGAGCCAGCGGGUUUCGUCCCCGGUGUCAGCGCUGGGCUGUCCCUGCUCUCCCUCGCCUGGGCUUUGGUCUCCUACAGCCACUUCUCCUGCCUGCUGAAACCUGGUCACCUCUGCCCACCGGCCACAGCCAUCCUCUGCCUACUGCUCUGGAGGACAGGGAUGCUGGGCACCAGGGUCCUGUCCCUGGUGCUCUUUGCCAGACUCUAUUCCUUCUGGGUUUUUGCCGUGGCAGGUGUCCACUGGCUGCUCAUGGCCUUCUGGCUGGUGGCCCAGCAGACGGACAUCGUGGCCCAACCCUGCCGCUGGAGGCUGUUCAAUUGCCUGGUGGGAGCUGUGUAUGUCUUCUGCUAUAUUAACGUCCGACCCGGUCCCUCCAAGCACAGGGUGGCCGUGUUUUAUGCAAUAAUGCUGAUGGAGAACACCCUCCUGCUGCUGCUGGCCACCCGGUUCCUGCAGGCAGAGCUGAGGAGCAGCCUGUGCGUGACCGGGGCCAUCAUGUCAGGGUCUGUGAUAGGUGCCGCAGCUCUGGUGGUUUAUUACAGCCUGCUCCAUCCCAAGUCCACUGAGAUCUGGCAGGGCUUCCUGGAGACAGCCUGCAGUGCUGCGGCUGCAGAUGAUGACCAGGUUGCUGGAGAUGGCUCCCAAGCAGGGGAGAGCUUGGGAACGUCAGGACACAGUGGGUCCUUGGCAGAGGAAGGGACCACGGCAGAUCCCAAGACCAGCAACGGCUCAUCGCUCCUGCAAUUCGGAGAACGUUUGGAGGAUGGCUGGGCAAACCAUCACCACUGGCUGCUGGUAAGGCUGGCCUUGAAGACAGGAGAUAUGUCCACCAUCAACGCAGCUUUUGGAGAUGGUGGCCUGGGAGAGGUCCAUCUUGGAGGAUGGAUGAUGGAGAAACCUGCCAGCGUUGAACCUGGGGCACACCUUUCCCUCCCCACGAGGGAAGUCGGUCCUCGGGGUGUUGAAUCUGGUCUGAACGAUGAAAAAUUGGGGAAUGGAGGAGGUAGCACUUCAAGAACAACAUGGAAGGAUGGAGCAGGGCAGGAGCCUGGUUUUCACUCAGCCAUGUCCUUUCUCAGCAGCUUCCCCCCAGAUCCAGCCGAGGGCUCCUCUGUGUAUUUCAGCGCGACCGCAGGAGGAACCACCUCUCCUGGUGUGGGGACAACCACAGUGACACGCCUGGCCCUGGUGCAAAGGGACAACGAAGCCCAGCCUUCCUCCAGCUGCUUGGGAGGAGGAGGAGGAGGGGAUUUAUCCCUUGGGAUGGUGAGCAUCAGCCCAGUCCUGGGCGCUUGUGCCCUCAAGGAUCUGCAGAGCAGCUCUUCCCUCGGCACCAUGAGCAGCUUUGGGGUGGCAGGUCCCCACAAAGAGGUCUCAGAGCCUGUGGGGCCGGAGGGUGCCCUCGUGGGGUGUCAUCACCCUCGAGACACCCACCCUUGUGGCACACAAGGGGCUGUCGUGAGGAGCAAGUUGAGGCCACCAUGCUUCACUUCCACCCCCAAGGGUGACUCUAGAUGCCCACAGCGAGGACUGGGGGAGCUGGGAGAGGGGACAGACCUGUCUGGGUCACUGGAGUGACCCUGAAAUUGCUGCACCGUCACUUUGGGUGAGCAUUGGGGUGACUGCCUCGUUGGCAGGGUAUGGCAGGAGGUGGUGGGAUGUUAAUGCUGACCACAAAGAAUGUCCCCAUGGUGCCCCUGCCACCAGACAGACAUGGUCCUCCAUCAGCAGGGUAUCACCUUCCCUCCUGGGGCAUCUUCUACUUGCAGUUUUGGAGAGCUUCAGAGGUCUUUGAAAGCCAAGCAGCUGCAACGUGCUGCCUUUGAUGUGACUUGUGAUGAUGGCUUGAAGCACGUCCUUUAAUAAGUGCCUCUACAAGCUGCUGGCCUGUCCCAGUGUGGAGAUCUGGCUGCUGCCUCCAGGAGCUGCAACGCUGGCCAAAGCAGGAGUCUUCUCAGGACAAAUAAGUGCCUCAACCAGAAAAAAAAAAGAGUUUUAUUCUCUGAUGCCAUUCCUUCUGGGCAGAAUAUGCCCUAAAUUAAGUCUCAGCGGUACUUGGUUUAUUUUUUCUUCCACCAGGUUCUUCUUGAGAGCUUACCAGCUCCGUUUAUUGGGGCUACAUAGGAGCCUCAGUACUGUGGUCUCAGGACCACGGGCUGGUUGGACAUGAGUCCAAGGGAUGGUCAGCUGGGUUCACCACAGUGCACCACUGGUGCACAUCUGGCUGCAUCCUCCAGCUGCUGUCCCU